UUGCCAGUGAAUAAAUUAGCAGUUAUCGGUGCAUGUUCGAUUACAGGUGAAGUUGUACAAUUAGAACAGCGUUUAUGCGAUCUUAAAACGAAAUGCAUCCCAAGUAAUCAACAACAACUCAGCAAGCAGUUGUCCACUGCAAGUGAGAAUUUCAUGCGUACACUCCGACCACAAUUCUCGAUUCGAAAUGAAAAUGGGUUUUGGUUGGAUGAUGAAAUUGGUGUUCAAAGCGGAUUUGAUGUUCGUGACUUGAUUUUAACAGCAAAUGACGAAGAGAUCGCUACUAUUAGUGAACAAGUUUUAUCGAUCAUUGAACCAUAUUUAUCAAUCGCUGAACUCGAGGUUGGUAUGACUGGUCAUUAUGAACUCUCUUAUGCCGCAUUCGGGCAGAAAUACGUACAGAUUGUCCUAAAAGAAAGACUUUCAAUAUUGAUAUUAAAAAUUAAACAUUUUGAUUGA